AUGCCAUCAGAUCUCUCAUCUGACUGUGAGUGUCCUAAUUGCUUGGAGGGUGCUGAGAAUGAGUCUGACUGGAAUUCCUAUUUCAACAAGAGUGGUAAUGGCUCUUUAUAUUCAAGAUCGAGGAAGAAAUCCAUGCCUUCUUCCAGCACGCAGUGCUUUCCUUUUCAGUGCCGUUCCAUCAGGCCAGAGAAUGAUAACAAAGGUGUUUCAGCAUUUCUUCUCUCAGAGGAGGAAAGGCAUGUGGAGUCUUCUCCAAACAGUCAUCUCAAUCUGAGCCCCGAGGAUAUCACAAGGAAAAUCAAAUUAUUGAGAGAGCCGACUAUCCAAGAGUUACUGAGGGAGUUUGGGGAUAUUGGGACGUUCCAGCCAAACUCUAUGUCCCUGGGCUACUUUAGAGAUCAGGUGGUUAUGAAGUUCAGAAGGGCUCUGUAUUAUUCUGGAAUUUGGGUGACACAUGUCCAGGGCUCCAAACUUCAAAAGCACUUUUCAGCUAAUUAUUUCAAAAGAAAUCCUGGUUGUCUACACCGACUGGUUCCCUGGCUGAAACGGGAACUAACAGCUGUUUAUGGAGAUUAUGGCUACACAGUGAAGAAUAUUCAAACCACCAUCCUCCAUCACAUGAAAGAAUAUGAUCUGGACAGUGAGUCCUUCAUUCACCUCCUGGAACCUUAUCUCCUACAACACACCCACCAUUUCCUACAUGAGUUUAUCAGUUUUGUUCAUUCACCUUACAACAUGGAGACCUAUGACCAGCGAGCCAUCUAUAAGUGCCCUGCAGUUUCACCAUGGGUAAAAGAGAAGUCCACUGCAUCAGCUCCUGUUUUGCCUUUGCCUAAGGAUCAUGCUCUACUGAUAUCUCAACAAAAUACAAAGCAGUCUAAAAACAUCCAGGGUCAAUGGAAUGAAGAGGAGAGGCCUCUGUCAGGCUUGAAACAGUUUCCAAAUAGUAACUCUUCCUUGAAAAAAUCUGAAAUCCCACCAGUCCCUCAUAAAACAGCAAGCAAAAUGCAUGAUUGUGUCAAAGGAAAAGCAGAAUCAGGCAGCCACACAGGUACAAUUUCUACUAAUAAUAUGCUCCUGAAUUGGGCUACCCCAAGGGAAAGGAGCCCAGGUUUAUUGAGUGGCAAAAAGAAAGCUCAAGAUAAAAAGACAGAAGGAAUAAAGUUACUUCCUGGUCAUGGCCAUGAUCUGGGAAAGUGUGAAACAAUGCCACGCACCUUCAGUACCCCAGCAAUUUCUGUGCAACCACAGAAAUACAGUCUAAGAGAAAGAAGGGUUUCAAGCCUUGGCCAGAAGAUAAAUUUCCAGAAAAAAGAAGAAGAAAAAAACAAAUACUCAGAUUCUUCAACAAAGAUCUUUCAAAGACCUCCCAGAGAAAGAUCCUUGAUAAGUUGCAAAUCCAGAAACAGGGCCCCUUCUUGCAGUUGCAUUUCAGAAAAUACACUUUCUCCUACGAGAGAUGGUAGGAAGCUGAGUUCUUUCAGAAAAAGGAGGAUGAAGUGCCGACAAUCCUCCCGAUCUGUAGAGGCUGGUUCACACUUCAGCAGAAGAAUUCAAAGACGAUCAAGGCUCCAUACUCACAGAUCCAAAUCUUGGUGUGUUGGACCUAGAAAGAGAUCUGUAAGCAGAGAAUCAAGUACUCUCUCUCUGAGAGGAAGUCACAGAAGUGAACACUUCAUCCAGAAUAUCAGCUGUGAGCCCUUAAAGGAAAAGAAUGUGCAUAACAGUGAACCAAACUACAGGAGGGCAUCUUUGCCCACAGUCCAAUACGUGAAGCUUUCUUCAACUGCUGGGAAGAGACCCAAGUGUCCUUCUAAAGGUGAAGGUGCUUCCCAAGUGGGAAGCCACUGUAACAGUCCCACAUGCCCACAGCUGGAGAAACACAGAUCCCCGAGUAAACAGGAGAUAAAGCAAAAAACCACAUUUCCUAGAACUAGAGGAACCAGAGCAGUCAGGCACAGAAAAAACAAAUGUCAGGAUUCAGAUAUACAAAAUACAGAGGAAGUCAGUGAUGAAUUGGGGGAUCUGGAUGACCAAAGACAAAUGAGUAGUGUUCUCAAUGUGCACCUUCUUGCAGGAGGCAAAUCCAUGAAAAACAGAAUUUGGGUCUUCAGAAAUGUCACUGAGUGA